UACAAGGCGGUGUCGUACGUCUGGGGAAACGCAGUCAAGACAAAGGAAAUUCUGCUAAAUGGCAAAGCAUUUACUGUAAGAAUGAACUUACACUCAUUCCUCCAACAACUGAUCAAGGAUCGGUCUAUAUGGUCCUGUUUGGGUGGCUACUGGAUUGACGCUAUCUGCAUUGACCAAACGAAUGUUGCUGAGCGUAAUUAUCAAGUUGCCUUAAUGGGCAAGAUCUACUCACGCGCAUUCUCAGUCAUUGUCUGGCUCGGAAGAGGAAACAAACGCUUGGCUCGAGCGAUG